CUGGAAACAUUCUCUAAUUCAGCUCUGCUUCGUGAAAGUCUCGCACUGAAUUCGCACUUUAGUGAAUAACCCCGCUAGGUCUCACCUCUCUCUCCCUUCUCCUCCUCGGACACGGUCUGGAAGCCGAAGUGAGUCUCCUUCCUGGCCUGUUCGGUGUGUCUCCACCUCCUCACCCCACUGCAGGCUCCUGCCAGGCGGGCCCGAAGCAAGGCUGUCAUGGGCGCCGCCAUCAUGGAGCUGACCCCGGCCCGUGCCACGGCUAGGACGGUCUGUUAACCCUUUAACUCGGCCUGGCCCUGGGGAGGGAAGGAGGAACUACAACUCCCGGCAGGCCUCGCGGUCCGGCCCCGCCCCCCCUAUAUAACCACCUCAUCCGGGGAUCUGGCACCGUCAGGCGAGCAGUCGCCAUUACGAACGCGGCUCGGAAUAUCAGCCCCGCUCCCGGGAGCGGAAACACCCAGCCCCCGACACCCGCCUGGGCCCCAGACCCCGGGCCGUGACCCACCGAGGGCCCCUCCCCCCCUGCUCCCGGAGCCGCCCGCUCCUCCCAGGCCCCCCGCCUGCCCCCCGCUUUCUCUGUUUCCAGGCCCCCCGCCCGGUGAUUUCUUCCUGUGUCGGUCUCUCUCUCGGAAGAUGUCGCCAUGAGUCCCGCUCUCCGCUGUCCGCCGCUCCUGAACGCCAUGCUCUUGGCUUCCAGCUGCCCCCCGAGCCGUGCUGCCCCCCUGCUCCCCCCGGCCUAUGCCCCUGAGCUGCCCCGGCUCUGCGGCAGACAUGGAGCCCGGAUCCAACAACAAGAACCAGAACCGCUCGGGCUCCGCUGGACCUGCCGGGGAGUCUAAGCCCAAAAUCGGUGAGGGCUGUGUGUGUGCUGGGCCACUGUUAUACAGAGCCCCGAGCUGUCCAGACCCGGCCCCUGUGUGUAUGGACUGAUUGCUGCUGUCAUGGCCGGUCUGUAGUGCUGGGACUGACUGUGUGUGUCUGUCUCUGUGUGUGUCUGUCUCUGUGUGUGUCUGUCUCUGUGUGUGUCUGUCUCUGUGUGUGUGUCUGUCUCUGUGUGUGUCUGUCUGUGUCUCUGUCUCUGUCUCUGUCUCUGUGUGGGGUGUGCUGGUAGGGCCCAGAGCUGGUCUACUGUGUCCCACACUGGGUCCCAUGGCUUUAUAGAGCAGCUAUGGCAUGCAUUGUGUUACUGCAAGUGAUAAUACAAGUUACAAUAAAAGGGGUUUUCCUUCUCCUGGAUUAUGGGUACUCUCCCUCACACCUAUUUUCAGAUCAGCCACUUGUUAGGUGUACCAUGCUCCCUGUAAUGAAAACAUUAACUUGGACCUACAUCUGCUGAGGGUUAAUCCAGUGAUGCUUAGCAAGUAGAGUGUGAAACUCUUAAAAUGGAUAUUAAAGGAACACUAUAGUGUUAGGAAUCCAAAACUCUCAAUCACAUGCUAAUCAUAUAGAAUCUUGUGAUUGGACCAUAUCGCUGGCUCAGAGCGAAACCCAAUGCUGCAUGGUGGGAGGGGAGAGCUAGCUUAUCAUUGCAGGCGAUCUGGUUGGUCUGAAGCAGAGUUCUGGGCUGCCAAUGUCACCCGUGCUGGGGAUGCAACUUUUCCUAGCACAUAAUUGGCAAUAUAUCUGGCGUUCAGUGUUUUUUUCAAGAUGACACUGCAGCAUCCAGGCUCAUUCCACUAUAACCACUUUAAAUAACUGCUACUAGUGGUUGGAGACGCCUUUAAGCUGUAGUGGUUCUGGUGACUAUAGUGUCCCUUUAAGAUUAUCACAGAUUUAGCUAUACAAUCCAGUUUAGCUACAGUAAACAUGGCAAAUGAGUGGGAAUAGAAGCAUAGAGAAAAGAAUGUUGAGUGCCAUGUGCAAAAAUACAGCUUUUAACUGAUGGGAAGAUAUGAUAGAGGCACUCAGUUGUAAAACACUGCUGUAAAUUUCUGCAUUUAAUUCUAUCUUUCACACCAAAUUUAUUUGUAAACAUAACUUUAACUCCUUAACGAACAAUGACGGUUCAAGACAGCCAUCAGAAACAUCCCCUUGAUAAUGGUCCUGAACCGUCAAUUACUUGCCUGGUCUGUGUUGCCUCUGGUCUAGGGGGCUUGACAGUCCAGACAGUAUCCCCACUGCAAAUUAGGUCCCCGCGGCCAUGUGAUCGCUCUAACAGAGCGGUCACAUGGCUGCAAUAGGUGUCCAAGUAUCUGCCUGCAUGGGGAUUGCCUCUGCUGUCAGAAAGUCUCCCUGCUGCUGGAAAAUAUAAAUAAAAAUGUUAGUAAAGUGUGUGUGUGUGUAUAUAUAUAUAUAUAUAUAUAUAUAUACACACACACACACACACAACAAAUUGAGAACACUCAUUGUAUUUAGUAAACAAAAAAAUAUAUUAAAUCAAACGCAUAUAAAUCAACGUUUCGACCAUCUAGCAGUCUUUAUCAAGAAGCUUCUUGAUAAAGACCGCUAGACGGUCGAAACGUUGAUUUAUAUGCGUUUGAUUUAAUAUAUUUUUUUGUUUACUAAAUCCAAUGAGUGCUCUCAAUUUGUUCCAUUUGUAUAUUUUGCAUGGAGAGGCACCUGGUCAUUGCUGAAUUAAUGCUUUUGCUAUGGGAUGAGUGCCAGAAACUAUUGUGAAAAUAUAUAUAUAUAUAUAUAUAUAUAUAUAUAUAUAUAUAUAUAUAUAUAUAUAUAUAUAUAUAUAUAUAUAUAUAUAUAUAUAUAAUUUUUUUGUUUUUUUUUCCCUCAUACGAAGUGUAAUUAUAGUAAUAGAAAAAUACACAUAUAAUUAAACGUGUGUGUGUGUAUAUAUAUAUCUAUAUUAUAAAAUAUAAAUAAAUACAAAUGUAAAAAUUAUUUUGUGUAACUUUAUUUUAACUAAUAUAUAUAUCUCAAAAUAAUUUGGAAUGAAAAAAAAAUAUAUAUAUUUUUUUUUAUUAAGUCUAUAUCCACGUAGACUUCAAAUAUAUAAAUAUGUAUAUAUUUUUAAAUUCUACGUGCAUAUUUAUGUAAUAUUUUAAUUACAAUUUGGCAGAUACUUUUUACUGUUUUGAAACACAAAUAUUUGUGUUUAGCGAAGUCUCCCGAGUACAAAAGUACCCCUCAUGUACAGGUUUGAUGGUGUUUUCAAAAGUUACAGCGUCAAAUAUAAGGCUUGUGUUUAAUUAUUUUCACAUUAAAAUUUGCCAGAUUGGUUACGUUGCCUUUGAGACCCAAGAAUGAAAAUUUACCCCUAUGAUGGCAUACCAUUUGCAAUAGUAGACAACCAAAGGUAUUGCAAACUGGGUAUGUCCCGUCUUUUUUAGUAGCAACUUAGUCAUAAACACUGGCCAAAAUUGGCAUUUUUCACACACAAAUACUAACGCUAAUUUUGGCCAGUGUUUGUGACCAAAUGGCUACUAAAAAAGACUGGACAUACCCCAUUUGCAAUACCUUGGGUUGUCUACUAUUGCAAAUGGUAUGCCAUUAUGGGUGUAAAUUUCAUUCCUGGGCUACUAUCCCAAAGGCAACGUAACCAAUCUGGCAAAUUUCAAUUUCAAAUGUAACGUGCUAUAUUUGACCCUGUAACUUCCCAAAAUGCCAUAAAACCUGUACAUAGGGGGUACUGUUUUACACAUGAGACAUCGCUGAAUACAAAUGUGUAUUUUAUUGCAGUAAAAGCAAACCGUAUUAUGACAUUGACAGUUAAAAUGUCAUGUAGAACUAAAAAAUUUUUUUUAAAAAAAUCUUAUUUUAUCUCUUUUUUUUUUUUUUAUAUUAAAUUGUUUCAUAGCUAAAUAUUUGAUAUUAAAUGAAAGCCCUGUUUCCCCUGAAUAAAAUGAUAUAUAAUAAGGGUGGGUGCAUUUAAUAAGAAAGAGGUGAAUUACAGUUGGACAGACAUGUAGCGCAAAUGCCAGGUUUUGUUUACGUUUUGUUUCGUUCACAACGUGUACAUUUGGCUGCGUCCUUAAGGGGUUAAACAGAACUUGCAAUAAAGAAAGCCUAAAUUCUCUUUACAGGAAGUGUUUAUGGAAGGCUGGGAGGUGUGACUAGGGUUCAUAAACAAAGGGAUUUAACUCCUAAAUGGCAGAGGAUUGAGCAGUGAGGCUGCAGGGGCAUGUUCUAUACACCAAAACUGCUUCAUUAAGCUAAAGUUGUUCAGGUGUCCCUUUAAGUAAAGGUCAAAAAAACUUUUUUUUUAAAGUAAAUUAUGACAUGAUACAAAUAAUGGUAUGUAAAGAAAGCCCUUCUUUUCCUGAAAAAAACCCAAUAUAUAAUUUGUAUGGGAACCGUAAAUGAGAACGGAAAAUUACAGCUAACCACAAAAGUGUUAAAACCGCUCUGGUCCUUAACGUACAACAUGGCCAAAACAGGCCGGUCCUUAAGGGGUUAAAGGUUCAAUUCCAUGUCAUAUUCUGCCGUGUAAUUAGCUGCUAUCACAAUGUGGUUAAGGCAGACUAUUUUGGUUUUUCUUAUACCUCCACCCUUCUCUGCAUACUCAGAUAACCUCACCAACUCGCAUUUAUGUUGACUUUAUACCAGAGCUAUUCAUUAAUUUGAGAAUUGAAGGUGAAUUUAAAAUUUUAGGCCAGCGUAGCUAAUUGGAAUACAUAGGUGACUUAGAUAAUUUUUCCAUUGUGGCUAUUUUGACCAUAAAUUAGAAAUUCACCUUCAAUUCAACUUAAAUUUUCUAUGUUUAGAUUGUUAAAAUUGUUGCAUUGAGUAGUGUUCCUGUACAGAAGACUUGCUUUCUGCUUAGUAGCAGUCUGUGUGGGUUGUUUUUUUUUCUUCAUUUUUUUCUAAAGUCUCUUUUUUUGGGGGUAGGGGUGUGUGUGUGUGUGUGUACACUAUUACAUUCUCACUUAUUGGACUAUCUAUUGCAGAUGGGAAAAACGGCAGUAGCUCGAAACAGCGCUACAGCCGAAAACGUGAAAACCCCAAAAAUGAAAGCUUCACAAGUCAGCCCCGCCGCUCCGGCCCACAGAAAAGCAAGACUUUUAACAAGGUUCCACCUCAAAGAGGAGUCACCAAACAGUAUACAUAUGGAAGGAGGGAAGAGGUAAGCAGUUCAAUUUUAGGGAUUGAACUCAUUGUUGGAGUCAAUGUUCAACAAUAUUCAAUUUUGCAAAUCCCUUUACGUCUCAGUUGUUUGCUUUCUUUACUAUUUGAGAUCUAUGUAAUGGCAGAGUUGUAUUUGGGGCAUUUGUGCCAAAGACCUGAUAAUUCCUGCUAUCUGGUACAAAACAUUUCACUUCAUCAGACGUGCUGAUUUUGAGGCAUUUAAAGGAUCACUAUAGGGUCAGGAACACAAACAUGUAUUCCUAACCCGAUAGUGUUAAAACUACCAUGUAGUCCCCCCCUGGGUCCCUCAUGCCUCCGUAAACAUAGCAAAAUCUUACUGUAUUAAAGCCUGAAGCUGUAACUCUACAUGCUGUUUGCCUUAAAAAAAAAAAAGUCUGCUGACAUCAGAAGUGGUGGCCUGAUCCAAUCACAAUGCUUCCUCAUAGGAUUGGCUGAGACUGACAAAUAGGCAGAUUAGGGGCUGAGCCAGCACAAUUCAACCACAGCCCUGGCCAAUCAGCAUCUCCUCAGAGUUGAAUUGAAUCAAUGAAUCUCUAUGAGGAAAGUUCAGUGUCUGCGUGCAGAGGGAGGAGAUACUGAAUGUUUGGAUGCAUUUUAGGCAGCCAUGACCCAGGAAGGAUCUCUAACCGCUACCUGAGGAGUGGCCAGUGAAAUUAUCAUUAGGCUGUAAUGUAAACACUGUAAAAACAAAGAAAAACGUUACCUGCGCUCUGGCCUAGAUCCCCAUGUGCAUUUGAACAAAAAUGGAGGCUCUUUAGUUCUAUUCUAAAUGGCCUUUAGAAUAUAUAAGCUCACCAGCCACGUCAAGGCAAGCCUCAAUAGGUGAGUUCCUACACUAGCCAUUAGAUAACGCUGAUAUAAGCCAAGAGUCUCCAAUAAGACAGGAAGGGGUAUUUUAUAAACCCUUUAACAUUUAACCCUUUAUAGGGCUUCUGCACAUACAAUAAACUUUGCUGAUAUCAAAGUAUAGACGUCUCUAAUGAGACAUGAGAGGGUGUUUUAUAAACCCCUACAUACUUUACCCUGAAUAGGGCUAUAACAUACAAAUCACCUUGCUGGUAUCAGCUAAAAGGCAAAUUUCUCUGAGACAGGAAGGGGUGCUGCCCCUACAUACUUAUAAAGUCUUAAUAAGACAAACGUGGGAAGGCUGGCAGCAAUGUAAUGUAAAUACUGCAUUUUCUCUGAAAAGACAGUGUUUAAGGCAAAAUGCCUGAAGGAAAUGAUUCUACCCACCAGAACAAAUGCAAUAAACUGUAGUUGUUCUGGUGACUAUAGUUUCCCUUUAAAGGAUUGCUGAAAGCAUCAUGCACGCAGAAGUGGGUGUGGAGUCAACUCGGUGCAGCAUUUUGCUAUGAAACACUGCAGAUAGGGAGUUUUUCCCGUUUGCUGCCAGAGGUGUAACUAAACUUCCUUCAGUAUCAUUAGGAUGUCAUUAGCUAUCCUGGAACAAGAAUUCCAGGAGGAAGUUUCCAGUAUCCACUAACAUUACCAACAGACAUAAAUGCAUGUGUUUUACGGCUAUUGGAUGUUUAGUCCCUGACAGCGUCACAAAAUGUGUACUUAUUGCUUGUUCAAGGCAAGGGUGUAGUCUAGGUGAAAAGGAAUACAUCUAUGCUGUAUGUGUGCUAUAAAGGUACAUUUAGCACAUUACAUGUCAGGAAGGCUAAAACUAUCUAGGUUAGAAAAUAUUGGAAUAAUCUUGUUUUUUUGUUUGUUUUUUUAAUAAGCAAGCACUGAUAGAGGAGGGGAAAACAAUGUCUAAAAAUAGCUUAUCGAUUAGGAAACUGCAGUUAAGGGGACAUAAAAAAAUAUGUAUUAGAGCUUGAGACUUGGAUAGCUUUUAAAGUGCUACUCCAAACCCAAGCAAUACUUCAGAAAUUGCUUGAGUAUCAUCCCAUCAGAAAGGCACUUUAUAAAAGUGCCAAUUUCUAUUUGUGCACUUCCUGAUUCUGUUAGAGCAUGCAUGCCACACUCAGGGGUGCUAUUUGAGCACACCUGCCUCCUUCUUGCGUACCUCCAUCUCCGAUCAGAACAUCACUCUUUCUGAAUGCAAUACAGAGUGCAAUACACUAUAGUGCCUUGAGGGUGCCCCCACCCUCAGGGUCCCCCUCCCACUGUGCUGAAUGGGGAGGAAGGGGUUAAACUUGCCUCUUUCUCCAGCGCUGGGCGGGAAACUCCUCCUCCUCUGAAUGCGCAUGCGCGGCAGGAGCCGUGCGCGCAUUGAGCCAGUCCAUAGGAAAGCAUUAUCAAUGCUCCAGCGGCUGUCAAUGAGACAGCCACUAGAGCCUGGAUCAACACCAUUAUAAACAUAGCAGUUUCUCUGAAACCAUGUUUAUAGAAAAAAGGAUAAAUCCUAGCUGGACCAGGCACCCAGACCACUUCAUUAAGCUGAAGUAGUCUGGGUUCCUAUAGUGGUCCUUUAAGGAUUUCAUACCCUGCCAAGUAACAUCCGAUGUAAGCACAAUGAUUAAGAACUAGGAAAGUACAAAGGUGUAUUUGAAAGAGGCGUUGACGACCAGUGAAAAGGAUGAGCUCAAGUUGAGAUCAAAUUAUUUUGGCAAAUGUUAGUGUCUAGCACUUCAUUGACUCUCAUGCUGGAGCAAUGAAAUCCUCUAUAAAAGUUUGCUUUAAAUACAGUCUCACAGUAGGUUUAGUGUUUUAAAAUACUCGAAAGUGCUGUACCCACAACAAUCCUCCUAUGCCACUCAAUAUAGGAACAAGAUAAAGGCAUAGUCUAAGCACCAACACAAAUGCAGCUUAAUUUAGUGUUUUGUUUUGUUUUAGUGGUUUUAGUUCAUAUAUUUAUUUUUAUUUUUCCCAAUACAUUUCUUGAAAAUGACAAAUGUUUAGAUUUGGCUGAAAAAUUUCUAGUGUCUUUCACCCAGCCACUAGAGCCGCUUCCUCCUUAUAUCCUUUGGCUUUCUAUGGACAUUUAGUGCCACCAUAUGUGACAAAUGCUUGGUAUAGAGAAGCAGUGGAUUCAGUGCUUCUCUUUGAGAUCUAUUGGAUUGGUGUAUUAUGCCAACCGUGCAUUCCUCCGUUUCACUUUAGGAAGCAUCUAAUAGGCAAAUGUCAUAAAGAUUGAUGACUUUACCAGGAGAGGGUACAUUGAGACUGUUCAACAACUCCAGAGUUAAGUUUUAUGAUAACUUAAAUUUAAAGGGGGCUCUCCGUUUAGUAAAAUUUGUGAUAAUGUAAAAAAAUAACAUUCUGUUUCUUUAAAAGGCAAAAGUUAUUAAAGGGUCAGGUUUUCAUUUUAUUUGACUUAUUUAAAGGGACACCAUAGUCACCUGAACAACUUUAGCUUAAUGAAGCAGUUUUGGUGUAUAGGACAUGCCCCUGCAGCCUCACUGCUCAAUCCUCUGCCAUUUAGGAGUUAAAUCCCUUUGUUUAUGAACCCUAGUCACACCUCCCUGCAUGUGACUUGCACAGCCUUCCAUAAACACUUCCUGUAAAGAGAGCCCUAUUUAGGCUUUCUUUAUUGCAAGUUCUGUUUAAAUAAGAUUUUCAUAUCCCCUGCUAUGUUAAUAGCUUGCUAGACCCUGCAAGAGCCUCCUGUAUGUGAUUAAAGUUCAAUUUAGAGAUUGAGAUACAAUUAUUUAAGGUAAAUUACAUCUGUUUGAAAGUGAAACCAGUUUUUUUUCAUGCAGGCUCUGUCAAUCAUAGCCAGGGGAGGUGUGGCUAGGGCUGCAUAAACAGAAACAAAGUGAUUUAACUCCUAAAUGACAGUGAAUUGAGCAGUGAAAUUGAAGGGGAAUGAUCUAUACACUAAAACUGCUUUAUUUAGCUAAAAUAAUUUAGGUGACUAUAGUGUUCCUUUAAAUGGCCUAUUAAAAAAAUAAUAAAAAAAAAUUAAAAAAAAUGCUACUUUAUCUGAAGCAUGACACUUUAGAGCUGGUGUGGUGGUUAAGGUUGGCAUAAAACUGGAGUAGUUUUUGCACGAUGCACUGAAUGAAAGAACAGUCCAAUGCUGUGUGUAUGUAUAGACCCAAUAAUUAUCCCCCCCUUCUUGUGUAUCAGAGAGUUGCUAUGUUGCGAUAUACUAAUUGGUACCUGCAUAAAACUGUCAUGCUUGCACCUGCACACUUCAGCCGACACACUAACCUGUUGCAUGUAGAUUGUUUGUGUGCCAGUGCAAUGUACAAUUGUCAACUGCAUUGGCAAAAGCAAUUUUUCAACAUAGGCAAUUUGUCAACACUAAUAUGAAGCAACACUUUCUAACUUUAGCUGUCUGUCUGUGAAUGAGGAAAACUUUAAGGUGUAAUUAAAUAUUUAAAAUAAAAACAAAAGAAGAAAAAAAACUGCCUUCAAAGUAUUUCUUAAAGGGACACUAUAGUCACCAGAACUACAGCUUAAUGUAGUUAUCUGGUGAGUAUAGUCAGUCCCUGCAGGCAUUUUAAUGUAAACACUGUUUUUCAUUGAAAAGGCAGUGUUUACAUUAAAGCCUAGUAGGGACACCUCCAGUGGCCACUCCUCAGAUGGCCACUAGAGGUGCUUCCUGGGGCAGUGCUGCAUUGUACAGCACUGCCGUUCAGCAUCUCCAUGCAGAACUCCUCUUUAUGAGCAUAUGCUGAUUAGCCAUGGCAGUGUUUGUGCCUCCACACCUCCUUGGCGAUCUCUGCAAAUCCAAUGUUUUCUUCUCUGUGGGAAGGGGCAGGGGCCUGUGCCUGCAGACUCAUAGAGAGUUGGAAAUAAAGUGGAUUAUAGUGCAAGGAAUACAGCACUGUACUCCUGGCACUUGUAGUAUCCCAUUCUUGUACUGUUUCUUGGCUCUGCAUGUUGACACUUUCUUAUCCAGGAGAGUCAUUUUUGCCAUGAAUGCUUUUACAAUUUGAAUGGUAGGUUUAGAUGCAGUAAUAAUGACAUAGGUGUUUAGCAGCUGGAAAUGAAAGUAUAUCUUCUCUUUUAAAGCAUGUUAUCUGUUAAGUGGGAUUUUGAAGAAUUAUUGCUGAUUCUCUUCUACAGGUAGCAGAGGCUCAAAGGGCAGAAUUUAGCCCCGCCCAGUACUCCGGACCCAAAAAGAUAAGCCUAAACCAUCUUCUCAACUUCACUUUUGAACCACGUGGCCACCCAGGAACCCAUCGUGAUGGCCAUGCAAACUGGGGACGGAGAAAUAAGUGGGGACACAAACCCUUCAACAAGGAGCUCUUUCUGCAAGCAAAGUGAGUCAUAUACUGUAAAUUCUCUCCUUGUUAUUGUGGUACAGAUCUAGCUUUAAACUGCCACUGCACUCCUUUCCAGCUCUAUUUUGCAUGUAGUAUUAUACCUAUAUACAUCUUUCCAUAUCUCUUCCCAAGUUUGUAAAAACAUAGGUCUCCUUGUAAUGUUAAGCUUGUUUCCCACUAUAUCAUUGUGACUUUCAAACAGUCUGCAAAGCAAGAACAUUUCUUCUGUGCUUGCUAACCCAUAUUGUUUUCUAGCUGCCAAUUUGUGGUGUCUGAAGAUCACGACUAUAGCGUCCACUUUACGGAUCCUGAUACUCUUGUUAGCUGGGACCUUGUGGAACAAGUGGUCAGUAAAGAAACACAUUUCUUGACUCCCUUAUCCAGUAGCACAACGAGUUUCAUUCCCACUAAAUGUUUGUUAAUUUUUGCAGCGUAUCUGUAGCCACGAGGUACCAUCUUGCCCUAUCUGCCUGUACCCUCCCAUUGCAGCAAAGAUCACUAGAUGUGGACAUAUCUUUUGUUGGGCUUGUAUUUUGCACUAUUUGUCUCUAAGUGAGAAGGACUGGAGUCGUUGUCCAAUUUGCUACAGUUCCAUUAUAAGAAAGGAUCUCAAAAGGUGAGCUCUUAAAUACCUGUUAUGAAAAAAAAAUAACUUCAUCUUUAAAUGUUUAGUGAGUCAGUUGUUAACAUGUCAAGAUUUCUCUAAAAUCGGAUGAAAAAAGUUCCCUUCCUGACAGUCUAUGCAGAUCAGCACAGAGAUAAGAUGUCCGCUCUAAAUGUCUGUUAUUAGGGAAACACUCAUCUUGGCGUCCUGGAAGGGGGAGGUGGGGCAUGAAGAGACACACAAAAUGAUUUAUUGCAUCUUCUUUGGACAUGUUAUCUGAGAAUAAAGAGAGAGCACAGAAGUAUGUGGUUUGUUUGGCUCCCCCCCCCCCCCAUUUUUAAAAGCUAUUUAUAUAGCGCCAACAUGUUCUGCCGCACUGUAAAAUAGGCAAACCUUAAGUUCUAAUUCAAGACGUCAUAAAAGAACAGUAGGUGAAAAGGGCACUGUUCAGACAAGUUUACAAUACUAAAGUUGCUUUUUAUUUAUUUUAAUUCAUUUUGUAUUGCAUAAAGAUACAAAACAGGCCUCCAAUGCCCCAAUAGCAUAAACAAGCGCAACAGUGUACAUAAGGUAACAGUUGAGUGGCACACCACAAGAAGACUGCUAAAACCAUCAUAAAGCAAAGUUAGUUAUAGACCCACAUUUCUUCAUAGGGUAGUUCAGGGGUAGGGCAUAGUCCCAUGGUGUAGUGCCUGGGAACAAGCCAUGUGCUGCAAGUAUUGAAAAGACAAUAGAACAGUCCAGUCUCUGUUAUUCUCUUGGCACAUACAGCCUUGCUUGAUGUUUGCAGUGUCUGUAAUAGCCUUCCAGGAAGAGGAAUCCUCAUCGAGGAGUCUCCAUGCUAGAUGCAGCACGAGAGAGGCCUUCCUAUCUAGAUCUAGACCCCACCACCGGCUUGUUUUACUUUGAUCUUUUUCCCAUUGAUGAGUGAGGGUACUGGUAUCCAUCCAUAAGUGCUUCAAAGACAGUUUGCAGGAAGUUAUGGGCUCAGAAUGCCUGUUGGCUCUGCCCACAUAUUGUGGACUUUAACCUGUUAUUUAUAUUGCAUACGUAUACUCCACUAAUACCACUUAUCUGUGUUGGCCAACAAGUGAAAGUGGAUCAAGAGGAUUGACAUGCCUCUCUAUGUAUGACCUAAUGUAGAUAUUACAUUCCAUCAAACAUAACAGAUUGUUCCCUCUCUUGAUUGCAGUGUUGUUGCCACUGAAACUCGUCUUUAUGCCGUGGGUGAUAUAAUAACGAUGCAGCUCAUGAGGAGAGAAAAGGGAGUUCUUGUGGCCAUGCCUAAAUCAAAGUGGAUUAAGCUUGAUGAGCACAUUCACCUUGGAGGUGAUAAUAUAACAUCAUUUACUUGUUCUAAAACAGAUAUUUUCUUCCCUUAAUUUAAUAUAACUUUGAAAAGGUUUGGAAACAGAAGGUAACUUUCAGCAUUUAACUUGACAUGGGAAAGGAACGCGUAAUAUUCACUCCUGCAUUUACACACUUGCUCUCUAUGAAAAAGCCUGGUAUCGGAUGGAUUUAAAAUGUAAAGUAUAGUGUAUGCACCAAAGUAAUAAGACUAUAUGAUAUGAAUAUAUUUUAUAUUCCUUAGUUGUAGGUUUACUUUUAAAGGGAUGCUAUAGUCACCCAGACCACUGUAUCUCAAUGCAUUUGUACAAAGAGGAAGGGACAGGGAUCUCAAAGCAUUUUUCAUAUGCUCUUCAAAUUGGCGUGACUGCUUUAAAAAAAAAAAAAAAAAAAGAAUGGACACACCCAUCCAUUUUGAAUACCCUGGGUUGUCUACUUUUGCAAAUGGUACACCAUGAUGGGGAGAUAACGUUCAUUCCUUGGCCGCCAUACAGUCUCAAAGGAAACAUAGGCUCAACAAACCAAUUUGGCAAAUUGUGUAAUAACUGGGCAAGCUCUUUGACUAUGUAACUUUCCAAAAAAACAAUGAAACCUGUACAUGGGGCAUUGUUGUAUCCAUUGGACAUCACAACAUACAAAUUUAUGUUUCAUUGUAGUAAUUUGACAGUAUAACAUUCAGUUACAAUGCCAUGCAGAACUUGGAAAAUACCAAUUUCUUUUAUUUUUUUUUAUUCCUAUUAAAUGGCAUCAUAUAUUUUGUGAAAUGAAAACCCCAUUUCUCCUGUACAAAACUAUCUAUAAGUGUAGGUGCACUUAAUGAGAGGUACAUUAUGGUUGAACAGACCUAUAGCUCAAAUUCUAGGUUUUGUAUUGAUCGGAACUUGUAAAUUUGCAUCUGUCUUUAAGAGGUAAAUACAGCUCCCUAUCUCUAAAGCUAUAGUGUGUAGGUUUUUUGUGUGUUUUUUUUUUUUUUUUUUAAAUGUAAUGCUUUCCUUAAUGACUCUUUUGUUACCGCCUCAAUGAAAACUAUACAUAUUUUAUAUAUAAAAUUUCAUUUUUAUUUUGUUAUAGAUGUGGAACAUUCUGAGUUUUCAAAACUUCUCCUGGCCUCCCAGGAUCAGAUACUUAAACAAGUAAUUUGUAAGGAAAAGGAGGCACUCUUGGAGCAGCACAAUGCGGAGAAAGAUACGCCAGAGGCCUGUUUUAUAGAGGCAGCUAUUCAAGAUUUGAAGGUCAGCGAGCGUUGUUCCAUUUCUUAUGAAGUGUCAAGAGUACAGAGAAAUGGGGUUGACUGUGUUGCCGGCUUAGUUUGUUUGAAAUUCCACCACAUUGCUAGAAAAUAUGCAACCACUUUUUCGUACUUAUUUGACUAGAUUACUGCCCAUGAUCUUAACAAAAUUUAUUAAACACUUUCUGAUCUUGGCAAUGCAAGACCUUUUGGACUUUGUUAAUGUCACUAGCACAAAAUGUAGAUUAAAUUGAUCACCUAAGGCUGACUUUUAUAGUCCACAACUUCUUCUGGAUUCCAGUUUAAAGUUAAAUUCUCUAAUGGACGUUAAAGUUUCUUCUCAUUUCUGUUGUUUGGUGUUUUUUUUUUUUUUUGUUUGUUUUUUUCCCCCCUCAUAUACAAUGAAAAAUUGUAAGAGUUAGACGUGAUACUCUACCCACCAUAGAAACAUAUGCUUCUUGCAUAAGUUUUUGCACAAGUAGCAGCUUACACUAGAAUACUCUUGACAAUUUCAGAGAAGCUGCAAUGUGCUAACCAACCAAGACUCUUCUAUUUGCAUUUCUUUGGUUUCUUGCACAUGCUUUAGUUAAUAUGCUGUACCGUAAUUACUUUGCCUGUAACUGUAGUAAUUUAUUUAUGGUAAUUUGUAAAGAUUGUAACGGUGCUAGUGACUUGGUUAAAGUAGGCUUUAGUCCAAGCAUCUCAACUCUGGACCCUAGAUGUUACUAUUCUUACUGUUCUCUAUUCAUUCAAAGAAUUCUGGUGGUUGAAGGCCAUUACCAUCUGAGUUUGAGAUUCUUGCUUUUGUCAGUUUAAUGUUAACAUACUACUAGGUGGCAAUGUUGUAUAACGCAUGAUGUUCUAGGCAAACUUUAUAUUUUUUUUAUUCUUUAUGUGCUUGGCAGAACAAAGUACAUAUUACACAUUGGGUAGUCUGACAUGAAGUAACAUUUCAUAGUCUAGUUUUGAAGUGUACAUAAAAAAAAGCACAUUUUUUAUUUAAGAGAGAAAGAUGUAUAACAAGAGCACCGUGCAUAAUAAGAAAAGUAGGAUAGGAAGUAUGCAGGCUUCAUGCACUGGGAAUAAACUGUAUAGAGAAGACCGCUCCUAGCUGUGUAGGCAGACAAGCAGUUUAGCUUGGAGUGUAAACCCUUCUGAGGCCCCCCAGACAGGCUUUUAUAAAUGAGAGCCCAACAAAAGAGAUAAAAAGCAAUAAAUGAAAAUAAGCACAUUAGCAAAACGCAUUGCCAGGUUAUAUGGUCAAAAAGGGGUAGUCCCAGACCCGGUCUUGGACUCAACGUAUGCCCUGUAGGGGCCGUGUAAAGGCCCUCCGUGGAAGUCAAAGUAUGAGGCUCAGCAGCCCACUUGAGAAGCGAUGUUGGAUAAGUCCCGUGCGGUCCGGCAUGCUGUGUUGUGUGCCACGGGCCUCUGCCAGUCUUUGCCUGGUCACGGCAGGAGCCUCCCUCCUAUCUCUCAGCUGCGGUCCACUCACUGCGCUUGUGUGGUUCUUUGGAGCAGCAGGCCCCAGAUACGGAGUCUGAGUAUGUAAUUUGGAUGGUGCAGGACAUAGUUAGGGCUGUAGUGUGGAAUGAAGGUGCACGUGGCACCCGCCAUCUUGUUUGUGUGAGUGCCAGUUGCUUGCUCAGUGGGGAGGCUGUGUCUGCAGCUUUGUCAGGGAGCCUCCAGAGAGCAGACUGGGAUAAUUCUUCCCCCUCCCCCCAACUACAAUGGGGGCCUGCUCAGGUUCCUCGGUAGCGUGGACACCCAGCGGCAUCAAUACAAGCUCCAAUAAAACCCUAAUCGGUUUGGGAGUAUCCAGUGUCGAUGAAGGUAGUUUGCAGGAAUAGCUGCACUUGUUAAUUAAUUGCCAGAGCUCCCACUAGAUGCCUUUGUCUGGCAUGGCAGUCAGGCCCUGCCCCUCCAGGCAAACUUAAUUCAAGACCAAGAUGUGUAUCUUACCAUUUUGUAUGCCUUGAGUUCUGCAAACUGUAACAUUUAUGGAUGUGUGACGAAUAUCUACUAACUGGCAUAGCUAACAACGUUGAUAUAGCAGAGGAAUGGACUGAUGUAUACAGUCUUAAUUUUUACUAUUUUUUUUUUUUUUUAUAUAGGAUCGUGAAAUCAGUCUCUCUACUUGCAAAUCAAAUGCUGAUGCAGUCUCCAUUCCUAUGGAGGCUUUGAAAUUGGAUGUGAUGCCUGAAGCAAGGCUUCCUGGCCUAUGUUCACAGGUUGUGCAGUAUCGCUCUGCAUUUGAUGAGGAAAUUGAUGAACCGUUAUGUAACGAACAAGAACCUGCCCUGGAGGUCACACCAGAAGAGAUGCUGGCUUUGGAAGGUGCAGCAUCUCUGGAAGGAAGUGAUCUUGUACAACCUGCAGAUGAAACGUGUACUUCUUACAACCAGCAGACCACUACCAAUGAAACAAACUCACAUUAUUAUUACUUUUACCAAGGUAUGUGAUUACCAAAAUACAACAAAGCUAUGGGGGGUGGUGUCUGCAGGUGCUAAAUUCCAACUAUGUUUUGCUUUAGCUGAAGAUGGACAGCAUGUGUUUCUCCAUCCAGUGAAUGUACGAUGCUUGGUGCAUGAAUAUGGCAGUCUUGAGCGCUGCCCAGAGAAAAUUACUGCUGCUGUUGUAGAGAUUGAUGGUUUUACAAUGACUGAGGUAAAUCCGGUUUGUCUUUUGUAUUAUCUUGUUACUCACUAGAAAACUCUGUAUUCAAAUAGACAGUUACGUUUUAUCUUGUGUGACAGGAGGUCCGCAGACGUCAUCGUUAUCUGUGUCACCUGCCUCUUACCUGUGAGUUCAGCAUCUGUGAGAUGGCACUUUUACCUCCAACAGUCUCUCCUGAAACAUUGCUGUUUUUUGCAGGUGAGUUGGCAAUGAAACCACUACACGUUACUUCAGCACGUCAUGGCCUAGAAACCUGGACAUGCGGAACAAUUGACAAAGCCUAUAUAUUUUAAGCCAUAAAAAGUGGGUCUUUUUACAGCAGUGCUGGGCUAUGUGUUUGCGUUUUUAUAUUGCUAAAACACUAAUGAAGUGUCAGGAAAGUUAUAGGCUUUAUUAGUUUAUAUCGCCCAUUACCAUCUCACAAUCCCUCCAGUUGGACAACUAUUCUAAACGAGUACUGGACAAAUGUAUGUUUGUUUUAAAGGUCACCCCAGGACUGAUAUCUGCCAGGUACAUAUAUGGUACAAUGCUUUAAAAAGAAAACUGUUCAUUUGAGCAUUCCUUUUUUUGCAGGAAGUCUCUUCCCUUAUGAUACUCCAUUUGGCAGCACGAAGGAAGUGGCUGAAUAAUUUCAGUAAAUUUUGUGCUCUUUGCUAGUCAUAUGGCAUUAGCAUGGUGUAUACAUCCCAGAUGCUAAUGAACAUUACAAUUCAUUAUUUAUUUAUUUUUUUUAAUGGGCACAAAACAAAUGCAUUGAUUUAAAUGUAAGCUUGUCAGUUCCUUACCUGACAAUACCACAAUGUCUGCAGCUGCCUUCAGCAGUGUCUUUCCAGUUGGAAAAUAAAACUGAAGUGAUUUUCAUCAGGUUUUACCUAAAAAUUUUUUUAUAAAAAGCCUGUACUACUUCAACAAAGGUUAAAGGACCACUAUAGUGCCAGGAAAACAAACUAGUUUUCCUGGCACUAUGUAGUCCUUAGGUCCCCCCUCCCACUGGGCUGAAGGGGUUAAAACCCCUUUAGCCGCUUACCCUUCUCCAGCGCCGGUGAACUCUCCUCCCCCUGCCGACGUCAGAUCCGAAUGGGCAUGUGCGGCAAGAGCCCUGCUUGCAUUGAAACUGCCCAUAGGAAAGCAUUACUCAAUGCUUUCCUAUGGACGUCCAGCGUCUUCUCACUGUGAUUUUUCAAAGUGAGUCGCGGAAACGCCUCAGUUUCUCUGAAACUUUUCAGCUGCAGGGUUAAAAUUAGAGGGACCUGACACCCAGACCACUUCAUUGAGCUGAAGUGGUCUGGGUGCCUAUAGGGGUCCUUUAAAUUAUCUUAUCUUAUUAUGUAUUAAAAUGUUUUGCAUUCAACCUGCUUAAUUGUAAUGUUCUCAAGGCCCAUGUGGGAAUCUCCAUUCUUGCAAACUUUUUGUAUUAUCUAGAUGAAGUGGAGAGGCGAAAACGCCUGCGUCAGCGGAAGGCACGUGAUGAAAGACGCAGGGAGAAAAGAAUAGAGAUUGAGGAGAACAGGAAGCAGGGAAAGUGUAAGCUCUUCCUUAGCCUUGUUUUAUGCUGCAUAUGAUUUUUUUCAUUCUUGUAGCUUUUUUUAAAAUUCUUUUUGGUUUUGCAUAAAAUUAGGUAAGGGGGAGGGGGGUGGGUAAGGAUUGUUGCAAUGCAUUUCAGUAAGCUUGAGUACCAUCGCAGGGUACACAUCUGCUUUUAGGGUUACAUUUGCUUAUAUCUGUAGUAGAAGCAUUUACAUAAGUUAUCUUCGGUUUGCUUGUUCCUUAUCGGUGUGCUUCGUCCGUCUGUGUGUCUUUUCAGUCUGUGUCCUGCUCUGUGUUUUCAUUCUUGUAUCUUGAACUCUUAAUUUUGCUGCUGUGGUGUAUUUACAGAUCCUGAGGUUCACAUGGCAUUAGAAAAUCUGCAACAGUUUCCUGCAGUCAGUUCCACAACAGGGAUCCCUGUGCCAGGAGAAAGCACCCCGAUAUCCAUAGCAGAAACACAUGGCUCAUUCUCCCCCUCUCCUAUAAGCAGCAGCCCAGUCUCCCAGAUAGGUGAGGGACUGUGUAUUUGUACAAUUCAUUUAACGUUUUAGGUCUGUUUAUAGCAUGGAGUUAUGGCACACGUGUUUACAUAUCGCGGUUUAAUUUUUUUUAAUCUGUUUUAGUAAGAUUUAAUUACACUUCUCUUAGAAUACCCUUUUUAAAGGUGAAUAUAAUUUUACAAGCUUUUUAAUUUCUUAUUCCCUGUAUAACAUAUGUAUGUAAGUGUGAAAAAUAAAACUUAGAAAUCUAUAACCUGUGAUUGGGUGCAUUGUAUUAUCUCCCUGUCAAUCAUUGUUGUGAGCUCGUCCUUUGCACCUGCUAUCUGCUUAGAGAGGGCAUAAACAGAGGAGAAAUUAAAUCCUGUUUCUGCAACUAAGAAACCUGUCUCUUGUUUCAUGCCUAGGUGCAGAGUCUCCUGCUGACCGUCUGCUAACCCUGGAGGAGGAUUGCAAGUCUCCUUCCUUUGCACAGGUUAGCCUAGACACCUAUAGAUUACUUCCUUUUGCAUUUUUAGGUUUUAUAUCGCGUAUCAGCUGAUGCCUUCAGCAAAUGAAUUUCAGCCAAAGUUAACAUGUAUUGAGCAAGGGGAAACUUCUGCUUUAGAUAUCACAAAGGCUUGACCUGUGGUGCUUUGGGAGAGGUAAGUGUCAUAGAGAGAUUGUUUAAUUUCUUACCUUAUGGGAUCUCGCCAGCGGCGAACUGGCACUAUGACUAACUGUAACUAUACAGUCCUGCAGCAAUUAUGCUUAGACUGGCCUUUAAUAAAAACAAAUCUGAAAAGAGUAUUCUGUUUGAAGCUCUGCUAUGUGUAAUGUAAAUUGCAAAUAUUGGAGACAUGGGUGUCUGCUAAAGCAAAAUGCCUGGACUUCACAUUGUGCUUCAGUUAGAUUAAUCCAGUGAACUGCAAUUUUAUUUGUAAAAUUCAGAACUACAGAUCAGGAUGUUGCAGUGGAUGUAAAUUUAAUUGAAACCAAUGCUUCUCUAGACAAAAGAAAGCAUGACUUACCACAGUUUAAAGAGAGUAAGGCACAAACCCCUCCCUGCUGUUAGAGGGGGAUAUAUUUAAAAAAAGUGCCAAUUAACUCUGAAAUGGGCAUUUAUUCUAAAAUAAGAGUGCAUGGACAUGCGGUUAACCCAUAAAGAAUUUCUUCAAACUGUAUUUGUCACUUUAAACAGCGUAAGAAGUUAAUAGAACUCUUGUCAAAUAUGAAAAUUAUUAGGGGUUUAGUCUUUUCUUGUCUAUUAAAAUAGAUUUCUGACCAUAACUAGUUUUAUAUUGCCUCUGUUGCUGUAGUUACUGCUUAAUAUAUCUUGGAUUGCGAGAAUCCUAAUUAAAAUCUUUGAGAAAUGCUGUUUAGAAAGACUUCUGUCUGAAUGUAACUGCCAAAGUUCUGCAUACUUCAUCCCCUACAACCCUCGGUUAUGUUUCAUAGAUGCUGAUGGUUGGUAAAGCUAAAGCAGAGUCUUGGCCCAAAGUGGUCCCAAAAAAAGGUGAGUUGAGUGUUUCUACUAUAAUGUGCACAUUAAUGUAUGUACAGGAUACUAACUAGUUUUCACUUUGCACAGAAAAUACUCUGAUAAACCCAGCUCCUGCAGAUAGUGAUGGGGAGAGUGACAGCUCUGAGAGAGUGCCAGUACCUAGCUUUCAGAACUCAUUUAGUCAGGCAAUGGAGGCAGCUUUCCUAAAGCUGGAUACUGCCUUGCCCACUCCUUCACCUUCAGGUAAGAUGGAUAUUUUGGGACAGGGGAUGAGCGGUCUAGUUGAUUGCAAGCUAAUUCUAAUCUCUUGUUGCAGUUGAGAAAGGAGGGAAGAAGAAAAAGAAGCAGCAGAAACUUCUGUUCAGCACCUCAAUGGUCCACACUAAAUGAGCAUAGAAGCCCUCUAUCACAUCUACCCAAUUGAACUUCUAAUUGUAUCUUAACACUUUGCUUUCAAUCACUUUAUCUGCAGUAUUUAUGGUUGACUACCCCCCCCCCCUUUUUUGGGGUUGUCUGGUGUGGGUUGAGCCAACACACACUAUUAAACAAAGCUAAUGUUUUCAGGGGAAGAACCCUAAUUGGAACUGUAGCGUUUAGUUGGACUGACUUGCAGUGGAGCAGUGCCAUUUAGCUGAUUUAAGGAGGCACACCAAAAUGUUUUUUUGUUUGUUUUUUUUAAGCUGCUGAAACCCAUGUUUUUCUUUAAAUGGACCUUUAUUUCCUGUUCCAUGUGAUUUGACAGGAAAGGGCCAAGUCCAGUAUGAAUUUUUUUUUUUUUUUCUCCCUCAAUAAAUUGUAGAUGAAAUUCUAAUUGGUUUUGGUUUUUUUUUUUUACUUUCAAGCUACUCCUAGUUUGCCUUGUACUUUAC